GACUUUGUGCGCGAAGGUGCAGAUGUUGGCGGUUUCAAAAGAAGCAAGAAGCUAGACAAAAGGCUUCCUCUUCAAGCUGAGCUGCUCUUCACGAAAAAUUAAAGCAAGCUUUUCUGCUAAAAUGGCACAUUGUGGAGACAUCCAAGUGAAGGAGCUGAACAAGCGUGCGUCAGGUCAAGCGUUUGAGGUCAUCCUGAGCCCCACCACCCCUGAUGCUAAGGUGGAAUUUCCAGUGUCCCCUAACAAGAAGAAAGAAACAUCCCUGGAUGAGAUUAAGAGGAAACUGGAAGCUGCAGAUGAAAGGCGCAGGAGCCACGAGGCUGUAGUGCUGAAGCAUCUGGCCGAGGCACGAGAGCAUGAGAAGGAGGUCAUCCAGAAGGCCAUCAAGGAAAACUGCGAGUUUAGCAAGCUGGCGCAGGAGAAACUCACCCAGAAGAUGGAGGCGAACAAAGAGAACCGCACCGCCCGGCAGGCAGCUCUCACUGAGAAGUUCAAGGAGAAGGACAAGAAGCUUCAGGAAGUGAAGAAAAACAAGGAGCAAAUGAAAGAUACAGAGAAUUAAAUGUUUCUCAUGAUCUGAUAGCAGUCUGGACGUGUAUAAAGAUAAGCUACAGUAUUUGAUCUGUAAACCUCAAAUCUUCGUAGUUAGUUUUCUUUAUACUGUUUAUGAUAUUAGUUACAUGCAGUUUGACUUUUCUGUUUGUCUAUAUUUCCAUUUGGCAGCUGAAUAUACUGUAUUUCUUACCGAGGCAUUCCCUCGUAAUAAACUGGUCACGUAAUGCUGCAAGUUUGAACUGAUCGUAC